CCAAGAGUCACAGACGAAAAUAAACGCUUCCUGCAACGGCAGAAUGGUGGUAUUAUCGUUAUCUGUAGCGCCCUACAAAAAUCUCCAAAUUAGCCAACACACACACUCCUAGAUGCGCUGCAAACUACAUCACCAUGUUUAAGAAAGCUAAAAGGUGCAACUUAAGGCGGCGGAAUGACUCGGACGAUGAGGAGAAAAAGGAGGAUCAGCAGUCAAGCGGGCCCGGAGCCGAAGCCUCGGCGAACCCGAGCGAGACCACCACCGCCACUGGCCCCGGCACCGGAGCAAACAUGCUGAACAACCACGGGAACGGAUUUCAGUCCGGUGCAGUCAAAUCCAACAAAGAGAAGAAGAAAAAGAAGGAGAACCGCGAGGAACCGAAAGCGAGUCUGUUGAGCUUCCAUGAUGAUGAAGAUGAGACUGAAGUGUUCCGGGUUAAGAAAUCCAACUACAGCAAGAAGAUUGUCAAGCAGUUGAAGAAAGAAUACAUGGAGGAUUUAGGAAAAAGUGAUACCAUACAGGGACAAAGCACAUGCUUUGAUGGUGGACCUGUUCAGAAGCUGGCAAUUAAAGAAGAGCCCUUAGAUGGCAGAAGUGAGCAGGGAGAAGAAGAAAUGGAGGUGGACAGCAAUGAGGAACAGGUGGAGGAGAGUGAGCAAAGAUCUGGGGGUGCAGCGUUCAGCCAGACUACUUCUGCCCUCAGCUCUCUCAGGCCAGGCGAGAUCCCGGAUGCGGCCUUCAUCCACGCCGCUCGUAAACGUAGACAGAUGGCUCGAGAUCUUGGGGGUGACGGUCCAUUGGUGGAAAACAAGGUGACAAACAAGCGUCUUGUACGUGAGGAUGAGCAAGGCGGCAGUGACGACGAUGAAGAUGAGAAGAGAAUUGUCUUCAGUGGCGUUAAUAUGAAGAGUCAGAGGCAGAAAAUAGCUGAAGAGAUUGGCAUUGAGGGCAGUGAUGAUGAAGCUCUGGAUAAUGGACAGGAUGAAGAAGUGAGCCGCUGGGAACAGGAGCAGAUCAGAAAGGGCAUCAGCAUUCCUCAGGUCCAAACCUCCCAAGCGGAGGAAACAGCAAUGUAUUACCAAGGCACUUAUGAUGCACAGCCCUAUGGAGCUUCCUACACCAUGCCAUAUACCUACACCAAUGUUGGAGCAGACAACAGCAAGCCUUUGAGAACAGAGACUUCAGUCCCCUAUCCCAUUCCCUCUAGUGAUCUGACCCCUAUAACCACAGAUCUGGUAAAGAAACGUCUCAAAGACAGGCUGAGCUUCAUGCGUCAGGGGCACAGUUCCAAUGCCCUACGCUAUGAGCAGAUCCAGGAGGAGCUGGUGGCCUCCAAUAAGACCAUCCAGCUCCUGGAAGGCUCCUCGCAGGAGGCUGAAGACAAAUAUAGAUUCUUGCAAGAAAUGCGAGGGUAUGUUGGAGACUUGCUUGAGUGUUUCAGUGAAAAGGUGCCUGUUAUUCUGGAGCUAGAGGCCGCCAUGCACCAGUUACUACGGCAACGGGCAUCCCGUCUCAUCCAGAGAAGACAGGAUGAUAUUAAAGAUGAAUCGUCGGAGUUUUCCAGCCUUUCAAGUAAGGCUGUUGUUACUCCUAACCUGGACUUAUUUGGUCGAGAUCGCACAGCCUAUCAAGAGCACGCCAAGCAGAGGAGGAUAGCCGAAAGAGAAGCCAGACGAACUCGCCGCAGACAAGCUCGAGAACAGAAUGGGAAGAGAGCUGAACAUAAGGAGGGGCUGUCCAGUGAUGACGAGGAGACAUCCACUGACAUCACCAGCUACAACCUAGAGAGAGAUCGCAUUUUAAAAGAGUCGAAGAAGGUUUUUGAGGAUGUGGUGGAUGAUUUCCACUCUCUGGACAACAUAAAGUCUCACUUUGAGACUUGGAGGAAGCUGUAUUUUACAUGCUACAGAGAUGCCUACAUUGGCCUGUGUCUGCCCAAACUCUUCAACCCACUUAUUCGACUGCAGCUCAUUAUAUGGUCUCCACUGGAGGUGGAGUGUCCAAACUUUGAGUACAUGCUGUGGUUUGAGUCUUUGUUGUUCUACGGCUGUGAGGAGCAGAGUACCCUGAAGAAAGAGGAGGACGUAGAUAAUAGCCUACUGCCUGCCAUUGUAGAAAGAGUCAUUCUUCCCAAAUUGGCAGUAUUGACGGAUCAGGUAUGGGAUCCUCUCUCCAGCAGUCAGACGUCCAGACUGGUGGCUUUCAUGCAGAGGCUGAUCAAAGACUAUCCCACUGUGCUACACGGGGAAAACCGCAACACACAAGAGCUUCUGAGGACUAUAGUCAUGCGAAUACGACGGACUCUUGAUGAUGACAUUUUCCUGCCACUGUUUCCAAAAAAUGUUAUGGAGAACAAGAACUCUGGUCCUUACCUCUUCUCCCAGAGGCAGUUUUGGACUUGUGUGAAGUUUCUGGGCAAUAUCUUAAAGUGGGAUGGGAUACUGUCUCAGUCCGUGCUGAAGGAACUGGCCGUGGACAGCACACUAAACCGCUACAUUCUUUCAGCCAUGCAGUCCGUAGAUGUCAGCGAAGAGAGUGUAGAGAAAUGUCGCAAGUUGGUGGAGUGUUUUCCUGUCCAAUGGUUCAGCAGUAUGAAAGGACAGCAGACUCUUCCUCAGUUGGAGAACUUCUGCAGAUAUAUGAAACACGUGGCCAGCAGUAUUUACCGCAGCUGUGUGGCAGGAUCAGAUAUAGAGAAGAGGAAUGCAAGGGAACAUAUAAAGGAGGUGGUUAGGCUUCUUGGUCGGCUCAACGCUUUAGACCACGUGAUUACUGUUGCGACUGAGCAUGGCAUUAAAGAUAUAAAGACUCUACUCGAAAACAAGUGAACGACAAGACAUAAUGCCUGACCACUGACCAUUUUUCUGAUGAACCUUAAGGUGUAAAUAUUGUGAAUAGUGUACAAUUUUUGUGAGGCUUAAGCAUUUUUUUGUUUGGAGCUGGAGCUGAUGGGACAUUCUGCAAAAUUGGUGGAAUCUAAUGACGUUUCUCCAUCAGGGAUGGAUACAGGUUAGGCAAAAAGAUGAUCUGGGACUUUAGAGCUGAAAUACAGUGAAACGGCCACUCAUGGCCUUUUGCUGGUUUACCAGCAUUUGUGUUUGUCCUGGAUUUGAAGUGCACUCCCUUGUGUUAAAAAUUCUGUAAUCUGUUUUCUGUGGAGACAUCUCUACUUUUUACUUCAUAUUUUUAAACAGACGAGAUCUCUUAUUGGAUCUUUUAAAGUGUGACCUGUUAAGUCCAUCAUUUUGCAACGUCUUUACCUGCAAACUUGCUUCAAAAAACACAUUACAACUAUUUGUUUGGUUUUUAAGCAGGUUACUUAUAUUUUAACAGUGGUGAAGAAAUAUUUACUUGCAGCCUUGGGUUGAUUGAUCCAGAAUUUGAAAGCUUUUGGCUUUCUCAUGUGCCCGCCUCAUCACUAAUCAAGUUAAAUUUGACUUGCUGGCAAAAACAAAGCUAUGUGCUGCAAAAAUGAAUAUACAUCUGUCAUUUGUUAGGGUGUCUUCCCCUGGUCCCUGAAAUAUGUUUUAUUUGCAUAAAUAAAAAGUGAAUGGA